UGAGUAUGCUAUUCUUUCAGGCUGAGGUGGCAGAUGGUGGGGAUCCCGGUUGGCGAAGACAGAGUCGGAGUCCGAGGAGAAUGAUGAGUGGACCCUGGCACGUCGACGGUCGCGAGCGGGUUCUCAAGUUAGGCGAGAGUUUUGAGAAGCAGCCGCGCUGCGCCUUUCACACUGUGCGCUACUCCCUUGUUUUGCUGGAGAAAGGGGUGCCCAGAGAUCCUCUGCCCUGCCUGGAGUCCUACAGGGAUGACUUCAAACCUGCAUCUGUUGACACUUCUUGUGAAGGAGAGCUUGAGGUCGGCAAAGGCGAACAGGUGACAAUAACUCUGCCAAAUAUAGAAGGAUCAACUCCGCCAGUAACUGUUUUCAAAGGUUCAAAGAAACCUUACUUAAAAGAAUGCAUUUUGAUAAUUAACCAUGAUACUGGAGAAUGUCGACUAGAAAAACUCAGUAGCAACAUCACUGUAAAAAAAACAAGGGUUGAAGGAAGCAGUAAAAUGCAGUCUCGUGUAGAGUAUCAGCAGCAACAUCGUGUAGAGCAUCAGCAGCAACAAAUGCGGAAUUUAACGAGGACCCCCAAUCUUGUAAAACAUUCUCCACCAGAAGACAAGAUGUCUCCAACAUCUUCGAUGGAUGAUAUUGAAAGAGAACUGAAGGCAGAAGCUAGUCUAAUGGACCAGAUGAGUAGUUGUGAUAGUUCAUCUGAUUCUAAAAGUUCAUCAUCUUCAAGCAGUGAGGAUAGUUCCAGUGACUCAGAAGAUGAAGAAUACAGAUCCUCUCCUUCUAAUUCAGGAAACUGUAUCUCAGGACAUCCUUCUAUGUCUGCUGUGGCGCAUUGCAGGAUUCCCAGUAUAGAUGCUGGUCAUAAUAGAUAUCAUGAUGAUAGUGGCCUUCUGAUGAAUACUUUAAGAAGUGAUUUGCAGCUGAGUGAAUCAGGAAGUGACACUGAUGACUGAAGAAACAUUCAGCUAUCCAUAUAAAAUUACAAGACAUGUAAUAAUUUAUUUUAUAUUAAGAAAAAAUAUUUCUAAGACUGAGGAAAAUGUACCUUAACUUUAAAUGAUAAAAAAAAUUAAAUUUGAUUCAGAAUUUUCA